AUGAUGAUAAAAGAAAAAUAAAAAAAUUGGAAUCAAUUUCAAUGCUAUACUAAAGAUUACUCAAUUACUUUAUUCUUUCUCUUCUAAAUAAUUAUUAAUAUACUAGCAAUUACUUAUGAUGCAAAAAGACAACUAUAUUCAGUAGUCAUUUGUUCAAUUAAUGGAUUUCUUGCUUUGUAAUAAUUAAUCUUACCAAAAGAAAAGGCUAUCCUUUAUUAAUAAAUUUGUAUAUUACUAAGUAAAAUAGCAACAAUUUUACUAAUAAUUAUUAUUGGUUCUGAUUUAUCAAUUUUGAUAAUAGCAUUAUUUGAGCGUUUAGAUUUAAUAACAUGUGAGAAGGGUACAUUUAAAUAAUUUGAUCAUAUACUCUUACGAUUUAUUACUCUAAUUAUAAUGAUAUUUAAUUUUAAUCUAUUUUUAACAAUAACACUUGCAUAUACCAUUUUGAUUGAAAUAAAUAAACUCAUAUUAGAAAGAUCAAAUGAUAAUAAAUAAAUAUAAUAUAACAUUACCAGUAGUUAUCAAAAUACAAUUAGAGCAUCAGAUUAAGAAUGGAAUUAUCGUUUAAAUUUAAUUCCAUAAUGUUUCAUGGUUAUAAAUUUACCUAGUCUUAAAGUUACUUAUAAAAAUAAUUAUCUUUACACUUAUUUUAAAUAAUGUUAUGAAAAUGAUGAUUAAUUGGAUGAAUUGAUAUUGCACAAAUUAUAAUUCAAUAUAAUAUAAGAUAAGAUUGAUAAAAUUAAGUAAUUUUUUGAAAAACCUAAAAUUAAUUAAAGAUAAGCUAAGAAAUAAUAAAUGUGGUAAUAUAAAAGUGAUUCUAUUUCUCUUUAAUAAUCACCAUAAUAGAAAUAAGAAUAAUCUAAAGGUGGUGAUUCUUUAGAAUUCUUAUCUACAUCAUAAUGUUCAAUCUUUGAUAUUUUAACAAAUCUAAAAUAAAAUACAUUAUCUGGUUAAUAAAAAAAUAAUAGUCAUGUUGAAAUCUAUUCAGAUUAAAGUUGGUAAUCAAUUACUAUAAAUUAUAAUUAUUCUUUUUCACCAAAAAAAUUAUAAUUAUCAGGUUAAAUCAUAUUUUCUGAAUAAGAAGGGGAAGUAUUAUUAACUCUGACGGAUAUUUCAAAAUAAAAUGAAUUAUAGGAAUUAAUUUCCAAUUCUGAAUUUAAAUCUAAAGUAUUUAUAAUUUAAAAUAUGAUAUCUAGAUUAUAGAGUCAUUUUCUCAUGAAUUACGAACUCCAUUGAAUAGUGCUCUAAAUUUUCUAGUUUCUUGCCAUUAUGACAAAGAUGUUUAAGAGUUUAUAAAAGAAGAUUAUUUGUAACCAGCAAUAAAUUCUUUAAAAUUGCAAUCCUAUAUAAUAAGUGACAUAAUCGAUUUAUCAUAAAUUUCAACAAAUAAUUUUAUACUCUCUGUUAGUGAAUUUUCUAUUAGAGAAUUAAUUAAUGAGAUUAUCUUUUUAUUUAAAACCUAAUUUGAAAUGAAGAGAAUAGAAUUAAAGAUUAAUUUACUUGAUUGCACCAAUUCCAAAUUUACAUCUGACUAUUAAAGGCUUAUUUAAAUUAUUGUUAAUCUUCUUUAGAAUUCUUUAAAAUUUUCAUCUGAAGGAAUAGUUGUAUUGCAAAUAACAUCUACUUAAAAUUAAGGAUUAAAAAUCUGUGUAUCUGAUUAAGGAAUAGGAAUAGAAAAUGAUCAUCUUAAUUAAUUGCAAUUACUUUUAUAAAAUAUUGAGCAGUACAAAGAUAUUUAAUUAAAUAAAACUUGGUAAGGAUUUGGUUUACUAAUUUCGGCAAUACUAGUUAACUAAUUAGCACCUAAAGAGAAUAAAUUUUUAUAGAUUCAUUCAUCUGGUUAAUAUUAAGGCUCAUAAGUAUCUUUUUACGUUGAAAAUUAACAUAGAAUUGAGAGACCUAGAUAAAAUACUUUGAGACAAAGUUCUUCUAGAUUUUAGAGUUCUCAUGAUGAGUAGAUUUUUAAUUUAGAAAUUAAUUGUGCUAUAUUUUAAGCAACAGAUUUCAGCAACAUAGGUUUUACAAAAUAAUCUAAUUAAAAUGCUAAAAAAAAAGAUUUUAUAAAAAAUGAUUUCAAUUGCACUGACAGUUAAUCGUUUGAAUCUUUAUAAUUUAAAUAUGGACAACUAUCACCUCUCUCACCUUCAUUGAUUACAGACAAAUUAUUUAAAUAUUCAAAGGAAAGUGAUUUAUAAAACAAUCAUUAAAUCAUAAAUCUAAAAACAAUAUUUGAAGCAGAAAUAAAAGAAGAUUAAUAAUUUUUAAAAGCUUUUCAAAAAAAGAAAAGAUGUCCUUGUUAAAAUAUAUUGUCUGUUGAUGAUGAAAUAUUUAAUUAAAAAUCAAUUUAAAUUUUGUUAGCAAAAUUGGGAUUUGAUGUAAUACUUGUAUAUAUAUUUUUAUUAUAUCACAUUAGGCAUUUAAUGGAGCUGAGGCAAUUAAAAUUGUAGAGGAAACUAUUCCAUGCAAUCCAAAAUGCCAAUUAUUCACUAUAAUAUUGAUGGAUUAUCAAAUGCCUAUAAUGGAUGGAUGCACUGCUACUACUAAGUUAAUAGAGAUGAUGAAUAAAAGAUUAAUUCCAAAAAUACAUAUCAUUGGAUUAACUGCUUUUACUAAUGCCACUGACAUUUCAAAUUGUAUUAAAGCUGGUAUGAGUGAUGUUUUAUCAAAACCUUUAAAUUUGAAAGAGCUUAAGGAAAUUUUGACUUUGAUUUGA